AUGACCUUCAGCGACCUCUCCUACGAAGACAGCUGCGACUCCGGCUUCGAAGUCUCCUUCAAAUCAGAAUCCUCGGAAUUCACAGACGAUCGCAGCGACUACUUCGACCUGGACAACGAAACCACCCCGCCGAAACACCCCAAAAACUUCAACCAAGCCCUCUACGACAGAUUCAACACAGCCUUCUAUACCAGCUUGGAGGAACCAUCGCGAAUCCCAAGAACCCAACCCAACUGGAGGGAAAGCUCGUGCAGAAGAAGCCUCUUCAGCGACCAAGAAGAGGUCGAGUUCUACCAGCACCUCGAUAGUGAUGAAUCCAAAACUUCUACCCCAGCAAAAGAGAAACCCAAGCGUAAGUACGCCACAGGUCGCAACAGGGUAUCCAGAGCAAAAAGCCCUUCGCAGAUCCAGAAGAUAAAGCGAGUGCGCAGGAUUAAAGCGAACGACAGAGAAAGGAACAGGAUGCAUAUGCUAAACGAGGCUCUGGAGCGACUGCGCUGCGUUUUGCCAACUUUUCCAGAGGACACCAAGCUCACCAAGAUCGAGACCUUGCGCUUCGCACACAACUACAUCUAUGCCCUUUCCCAAGCGGCGAAUGACAUCGAAAAGUUUUCGAAUUCCGAGGAAGAGAUAACGGUCAAUGUGGGCAACGUUACUGUGUCUAUUAGCAAGCAUGGUAAUAGCAUCACGGCGAAGAAUUUCGAGCAGAAGCUCGGGAAUGCUGUGGUGACGAGCGGCAGCAUCACCAAUGCUAGUUUCAUGCAGGAUUAUAAUGAGGGUGUGGUUUCUAGUCCUGGCCAGGAUACUAGUUGUUUCGCUGGUUCUUUCCAGAGAAUUAGUUACGGUAAUGAGGUUGUGCCCUAUCAAGCACAUGGUUACGAGCAAUAUUGUGACGGGACUUAUGGACAUUAUGGUAAUAAUAAUAAUUUCAAUGUGGGGUUUGAUUACAGCAAUUUUAUGAAAGGAUGA